ACACAUGCGUAAAAGCCGAAACACAUGUCAGCGUGUGUUGUUGGAUAGCAUAAUAGUCGCUGCCACAGUUGUGUUGGAGCCUAGCAGCGAGUAGCUAGGAACUAGGACAGUAUCUUCAGAGUUACAACUGCCCCUUCCACCUGCUUUCCCGACUUUGGCAGAGAUGACUCUAAAUAAUGAGCAACUUCGACUGGGCAUCAUUGAUAAACUGAAAGAGUGCAAUGCCUAUAUCGAUAAUGAGCUCCCAGACUACAUUAUGGUGAUGUUGGUGAACAAGAAGACAUUCCAUCAGAUCAGUAACGACCUGCAGCUAUUCCUUGGAGACGACACCUCCAAUUUCAUUGACUGGCUACAGGAGGCGGUGGAUAAUGGAGGCACUGUGCCCGUGAAAACUAAGACAUCCUCAGAACCCAAUGAAAAGGAGGGAGAGCACGCUAGGACAAAGAGUGACUCAAAAACUGACGACGCAGGACGCGAAGAGACCGCCCACAUCUCUGAGGACUCUCCGGGCGAAUCCGGCUCAAAGAGAAGUGGAAGCAAGCAACGAAGCAAGAGCGAAGACGAGCUCGAGCUUCACCCAGCGCUGGAUUGGGAGGAAGAGAGGGAGGGAGGGAGGAGGGGG